UCAAUGGAAGCCAUGCACUGCCUCCGCAUGCCGCACGGCCCAGCAGGGGGGCCAGACUGCCCACUCUCCUCCUCUUCGCGGAGGAAUCCCCUCCGCCGCCGCCACCUCGCCUUCCCCAAGGGAGGCGCCCGGGUGGCGGCGGCUCGCCGGUGGACGGUGCGUGCCCAAGCGCCGCCACCGUCGCAGCCGGAGGGGGAGGAUGCCAAUCCCAAAGGGCGCCAGGGGGGACGGCAUAGGACGCGCGGGGCGGCGGUGGGCGCGGCCGUGGUCCUGGCCUGCGCCCUGGGCGCCGCCUGUUUGAACCGCAGGGGAGGUGCCUAUUGCUGCACCCAAGGUUCAGCUGAGGCCCCGCCAACCCAAACAGCCGCUGGGGGUUACACGAGCUUGACUGUGCCGCAAAGGAGCGUGAGCGUGCUGUCGGGCAUAUUUAAGCAAAGAGCUGCGGCACCCAUGGAGCGAUCCAUGCUGCUUCAGCAUGCCAUUGACGAAAUCAAGAACGAGGCACGCGUUCUUGGUCUGCAACCUGAGAGAGUACGCUUUGUAGUUCUCAUGGCGGAGCACCUUUACGAUGAGCUGCUCAGGGAGGACUACAGUCGUUUGGCAGCGCUUCGCGCAGAAUAUGCAACAACGGAUGCAUUAUUUGCGGAAUGGUUUAGCCUAUCAGAUCCCGUAAGGAAAUAUGACCUAGGAUUGUUAUUAAUCGAGAUAUUCAUCAAAAAGAGAGACUAUGAAAAGGCUCUGGCCAUCUGCAAUCGUAUAAGUGAACCUAAGUUGGCGUCAGAAUCGGAUCCAAGGCCCUACCAUUACCUGGCUAUUAUUAAGAUGAUGCUGGCUGUGGAGAGCAUGUUGGAACCAACGACAAAACCUGAGGAACGUACGAAAAAACUUGGCGAGUUGGAACUUACGACAAAAGAGGCCAUGGCCGAGUGGGAAAAAUGGAACAAAAAGUAUCAAGAUUUUGGACAAGAACCGCACGUAAGUACCUGACGAUAAGAAAAGCUAGAAUGUGUUACAGUUUGCUAUUUCUAAUUUAAAUUCCAAGGCGAGACUUGCAUAAGCUUUUUUUUCAUGUAAUAUUUUUAAAACUAUUGUAAUAUUUAUCUGGAUAUGCAAGGCUUCAUGUGCCUCUAAAGCCUAAAAGCUCAGUUAUUCCCUACAAUCGGCAUUAAAAAUUUGUUGGAUACCGGA